AUGGCGGCCAACGAAUACUAUCACACCAACAUCCCCAGUCCGCCCAGCUACGAUCAAGUCGCGGACGGGCGGUCGAACCACCUGCCGACCACAAACACUGGCGCCGGCUUCACCAGUCACAGCCCCGUGAGCCAAAUCAGCCAUCAGGACGACCCUUCCACCCCCUAUCACAACCGGGAGAGCCAACAUUCAUUUCAAUCAGAAAACGGAGCAUACGCGACCGCGGGUCGAGUGACAGAUGGCGACCAUUACGCCGAGAACAUCCCCCUGAAGACACAGGCCCCAUAUGGCAAUAAUCCAGAAUGGAUGCACCAGCAGACCAAUUAUCCGCCUCCCUCCCCGGGAGCCUUGGAGGAUCGAGGAGUGGAUCGCAAUGGCAAUCUCAAGAAGAAGGGAUUCUUCCGGAAGAAGCCCGCGUGGGUAGUUUGGACUUUGACGCUCGCUCAAGUGAUUGUCUUUAUUGUGGAGUUGGUGAAGAGUGGGACCUUGACCGGAUCGCCAAUUGAGAUUCACCCCUCGUUCAACCCUAUGAUCGGCCCCUCGCCCUACAUCCAGAUCUACAUGGGCGCUCGGUAUGACCCCUGCAUGAAGAAUAUCCCUGGCGUCCAAAACGCCACGGAGGUUAUCGAUUGGCCGUGCCCCAACACAACCUCGAGCACGUACGACUGCACACUCUCCGAUCUCUGUGCUUUUGGUGGUGUACCGAAUCCCCAUCCCGGUGGCUCGUUGGAUGAUAAGCCCGCGCCCAACCAGUGGUUCCGGUUCAUCGUCCCCAUUUUCCUGCACGGUGGUUUCAUCCAUAUCGGUUUCAACCUGCUGGUGCAAUUGACGAUGGCAGCGGAUAUGGAGCGGAUGGUUGGGAUGUGGCGUUUCACCCUGACGUAUUUCGCCAGUGGGAUCUUUGGAUACGUGUUUGGUGGAAAUUAUGCCUCGCAGCUGGAGCCGAGUACCGGCUGCUCCGGCGCACUGUUCGGUAUUCUCGCCCUCUUCCUGCUUGAUCUGCUUUACGACUGGCCACAACGUGAGUCGCCGUGGAUAGAGCUGAUCAUCAUGCUCCUCGGAGUCGCCGUCUCGUUUGUGCUGGGCCUGCUUCCAGGCCUAGACAACUUCUCCCACAUUGGCGGUUUCAUUAUGGGACUCGCUAUGGGUCUUUCCCUGAUGCGCUCGCCCAAUGCACUACGUGAGCGGAUUGGGUUGGCGCGGCAGCCCUAUCUAGCCAUGAGCGGUGCCGCGGGCGCCGAUAAGGUAGACAGGAAGAAGACUACCUCAUUCAUGGACUUCUUCAAGGGUAAGGGCAACAUGGUCUCUGCUUCCGGUGAGGAGAAUGGGCCGAAGGGCCCCCUUGCGUUCUUCAAAGGCCGCAAGCCGCUGUGGUGGGCGUGGUGGCUGGUGCGCGCCGGUGCAUUGGUUGCGGUACUCGUUGCCUUCAUUAUGUUGAUUGUUGAUUUCUACAAAUACCCGUCUUCGAACUGCUCAUGGUGCUACCGCCUGAGUUGCCUGCCUGUUAAGGACUGGUGCGACCAGGACACGCUGCAAUCUUCAUCUACCACCACGUCAACAUAA